UGGGCGUGUGGCACAGCUGAUGCUCGCAGCCGCCGCUCGCCUCCAUCACCCGAUCGCUACCGCGGGAGACGGCAAGCAGCGCGUCCGCGGCCGCCCCGCGCUCCCGCGCACCCGCACAGCCGCACAGCCGCGGAGCCGCGGAGCCGCCGAGGGCAUCCGCACGGAGAAAGCUCGGGAAGGCAGGGAAGGCGGAGAAGGCAGCCGGGAAGCCACCGGCGGCGCACUUUGGAGCCACACGCCGCUGACGGUGCUGCUGCAAACAUGUGUUUGCCCGUCAGCUGGCGCCUCCCCCGUGCCUGCAAUGGCUGCCGUGGAGCGCGUGGGGCCGAGUGAGAGAGCCAUCCCCCCGAGGAUGGGCAGUGUGGGCAGCGGGGUGGCAGGCGAGCAGGAGUUCGCCAUGAAGAGCGUGGGCACGCGCACCACUCUACCACGGGCACCGCCCCCGAGCCGGCGUGGUCCUGGCGGCCGCAGCUGCAGCACAGAGCGCCCUCUUCCGCCACCUUCGGAAAGCACCGCAUCCAGCGACGAGCGUGGCGGCAGCACCGACCGGCCGGCGAUCGCCGGCUCGGAGAGCGCGGCGUCUGAUGCCGACCGCACCAAUUCCAACAGCGAGCGGCAGGUGUCCAACACCAUGUUCCUGAACGGGGCAGGCCGGAGGGAGGGCCCAUGGGUUGGCGCCAGCCUCGAUGCCUGCGGGAACAACGUGGUCCUCAACAACGAGAAGAAUGGCGGUGGCCAGGCCACAGCCCCGUACAGGGGGACCAGCGGGACCAAGGUGGACAAUCCCAACCCACCCAAAUUACUGCCUGUAUCUGGCAAACUUGAGCAGAACAACAGUGGGCUGGUCCGCCCCUCUGCCUUCAAGCCAGUGGUGCCCAAGAGCUUCCACUCCAUGCAGAAUCUUGUGGGGCAGGCUGGGGGGGUCAUGGUGGGCCGUGGUGCAGGGGGAGGUGGGGGUCCCAGUGCUGCAGGGAGUCAACAGGAGGGGGACAGCCCUGGUGGAGGUCGGGGUGGGGGGCAGGGUGCUUUGUCAGACUCGGGGAGGAACUCGCUGACCAGCCUGCCCACAUACACGGGCUCGGGCUCUGCAUACGGGCCCUCGCAGGCCCUAGGGCCUCUCAGUGCCUCCACGAGCCACAUCAACAGGCUGGGCACAGCCACCGGCGCACUGGACAGGCUCGACAAGCCGGGCUACCAGAAUGGGCUCAGUGCCUCCGACAGCGGACGCUCCUCCUCUGGCAAGAGCUCCUCCUCGUACCAGAGGCUCAGCCACCUGAGCGAUGCCCCUCCGCCACUCCGGCCCUCGCCUUCCUCUGAUGACAUCAUUCAGGACCUAGAAGACAGGCUGUGGGAGAAGGAACAGGAGGUGCUGCACAUGCGUCGGAACCUGGACCAGAGCGAGGCAGCCAUCGUACAAGUAUUCGAGGAGAAGCAGCGCGUGUGGGAACGUGAGAUGGAGGAGCUGAGGCAGAACUACGCCAGCCGGCUCCAGCAGGUGUCCCGCCGCGCCCAACGCACCCAGCAAGCCCUGCAGGCGCAGAUCGCCCGGUUGCAGCAGGACAAGAGGCGGCUGCAGGACGACCUCAAUGCCCUGCUAUCGCACCGUGAGGAGCUGGAGAGGAAGUGCCUGGACUACAGGAAGGAGCAGGCCGACAUCCUGCCUCGCCUGGAGGAGACCAAGUGGGAGGUGUGCCAGAAGGCCGGGGAGAUCUCUCUGCUGAAGCAGCAGCUCCGGGACAGCCAGGCAGAGGUGACCCAGCGUGCAGCAGAGAUGGUGGCCCUGCGGGGGCAGCUCAAAGAACUCAAUGCCCAGCUGCGAGAGAAGGAGGAGACCGUUCUCACCCUGAAGGACUCGUACUGCAGCAAGAGCCUGGAGCUGGAGCGCUGCGAGGGGGAGCUGCAGAAGACACUGGCCGAGGUGUCCAUGUUGAGGGAGAAGCUGGGCCUUUUUGAGGCCGAGGUUCUAGGUUUGAAGCAGGCCCUGGGAGAGCUUAGCGAAGGGCGAGGAGCUGGGGCCACCUGGGGGGUGCAUCCCUCCCCACACAGCUCCUCAGAACCGGCGCCCGCCCCUCCUGCGGAGGCGCUGCUGAGCCUGCAGAGCGAUGAGGCCAAAGCGCAGCGGCAGGAGGCAGGUGAUCUCCGGCGGCAGCUCGAGCGCCUGCAGGGGGAGCUGCGUCUCGAGCGGCAGCAGCGAGAGCGCCAGGCUCUCACCUUCGCCCAGGAGCGUCACACCUGGCAGGGCGAGAAGGAGCGCGUGCUUCAGUACCAGGCCCAGCUGCAGCUCAACUAUGUAGAGAUGCUGCAGAAGAACCAGGCCCUGGAGCAGCGCGUGGGCCAGCUCACCUCCAAACUCUCCCCCGCCCCAUCCCCUGCUACGCCCCCGCCACAGUCCCUGGCUGUUGCGUCGCCUGCGGUCGAGGAGCAAAAGCCCCCAACCCUUCACCAGCUCGCUCCCCCCUGGUCUGGGCCCACGCGCCUGGAGAGGAUUGAGUCCACGGAGAUUUAACGCAAACACAUGGCAACUGAACACAUCAGUUCAAACAACCCAUAAUGCUCAGUACAGUAACCACAUAGCUCAGCUGUCAACAUUGUUCAACUAAGUACAGUUCAGUCUCACACCCAUCACCUCCCUGGGUCUCUCCAGGGGCUGCACUGUCAGCAGUACUGCAGACGGGGCUGAGGGCUGGAGGAGGUGGCGGGGGGUCCUAUUGAACCACACAGGUGAAUGAUUUGAUGCUACAGACAUGCAGGAGUAGCAGUGUAGGUGGUAAAACAAUGAGACACAAAGACACACACGCAGAUACCGAGUGAGCCGUGCUCUGACAAGCACACGCUCUGAUGGAAAUCAUCCUAACACACUGACACCCAAGCAGACACACCGACACUGAUACUAAACGCUCCUCGGACAUCCUGAUACACACAGCUAAUUCAGACAAGCCUAGGCACAGUCGUAGAGGAGAGACUGGAGAAAGCAUCCACCCCCUACCCCACCUCCUCCCCCAGAGUAAAGUCUGGGAUCUGGAGACGACCCAUGGAAGACUACGGUCAAACUGCUGAAACAACUGUCCAGGGCAAGGUCACGGACGAAACGGGGAGAGGGAGAGAAUGUGGGACCUCAGGGCACCGGCCUGUGUGCACAUGUGUUUGUAGUGGUGGUGAGCAGAGAAGUGGAGGGAGGGAUCGCCAUCUCUCUAUGAGUGGGAGCUGCUGUAUACGGAAGUCCUUAUCAGGUAGUGGCUUCUACUGGUUGCUAGUGCACAGAUAGGAAGAGAACCAAGAAUAUUUCAGGGAAAAAAAAAAUCUUUUGUGAAUGAAGUGAGGGAAUAUGACAGUCAUCGCUUUUUAGAGGAGAGGAGGAGAAAAAUUAAGUACUCUUUUCUUCAGCGAAGAGGUGAGUGGGUGACACCACUGUGCGUUUCAGGGGUGCGGGACGGCCUGGCUUUCGGCACUGCCGGCGGCUGUCAUGGCUAAAGCUGGACGCUAAGGGGCAACAGAGUAAUGAUUCAGGGUUUCCCUCUCCCAGAUGAUCUACUUGAAAAAAAAAGACUUUUGAAUUUCUUUGGGACAGUGAAAGCAAAACAAAAAAGUUAGUUCUAAAUUAUUAUGUAAUAGCUUGAUGUUUUCAGAUAUUUCUUUGGGUGAAGGAUCAAAGGGUACCUGGACGAGGGCCUGUCAGUGAAGUUGCUGCUGUGACAAUGACAUAGAACAAAGAGCAUCUGAGACAGGGGCUCCUGAAUGAUCGAUAGCAUUGCAGUAGGGUGUGUGCCAUGUGGAUGUGUCAGAGGACCCUAAAAAGUGUGUGAUUGUGUUUCUGCUUGCAUGCAGACAGCCCAGGUCAGUUUGAUGAAUUUUUGGGAGGGAGCUGGUUUUUCAGACACUCAUUAAGCCUGAUCAUGGACUGCACUGCACUGUCAACAGGCAUUCUCUGUUGAAAAUCCUUUAUAGUCUGGGCUUUGACUUAAUGUGUGCCUGGACAACUGGCAACUGAUGAAUGGAAUAAUGGAGGCUAUACGAUAAAAGUCAGGAUUUGGGGUAAGUAUGCUGGAGACAGUUCCUGGAAUUCCUGCUCUGUUUGUUGAUGGAGAUUUUAAAAAAGGAAUCUGGUUUUACACUAAAAUGUAAAAGAUCUGAUGGACACUAACUUACUGUUUGUAUGUGACAUAUAGAUGCCAGGGCACUAGAGGAAUGCGAUUCUUUGAGCUUUAAUACUAGUAUUUUUUUUUUUGCUAUUUUCUAACCCUAACCUCACCCAAUGUUGCCCAUGGUAAUUCAGCAGCAAGCUGAAAGCUAACUUGGGAGCCUUGGUACAGUUUGGCUGCAGACGCCUUUAAUGCACUGCUCUGGUGUAAGGUGUUUUUCGUUACUGUUCUAUAUUUUUUAUCAUAGUUUCAUGUGUAUUUCUUUAGUAGUUAGAAAUUCCUUAUUUUGGUGUUUGAGCAGCAAACCGGUUGUUAGGCAAAUCCAGGAGGCUCCCAAACAUUCUGGGAAACUUGGGCUGUCUGCAAAUAAUCUGAAUAAGGAACUGGGUCAGAUGAAAAGGAGAGAGCGGGUUGGUAACAAGAGCUUAGGAGAAGGAAAUGCAGAGAGGCAAAGUAAAAAUCUAAUGGGCAUGCACAAUACUCUGAUGAAACAGCGAGUGACUGGGAGUGUGUGUGGUGCGUGUGUGUGCUGGGGGGGUAGACAGGUAGGAAAGCUGGCCUGUAGAAAACAAGGUUUGAUAAUAGAAUAAUCAGACUGCUGCCUUGUACUGCUGUGGUGUCCUGCUGCGUUCUUGGUAGAGAAAGAGAGGUGGUGCAC